AUGUCUCCUUCUACACAGACUCUUAUUGAGAUAGCUAAGGCUCGCCGCAGCUUUUAUCAUCUGGGCAAGAAUGCCCCCGUGCCGGAUUCCGAGGUCGUGGAUCUUGUGAAGCAAGCUAUUCUGAACAUUCCUAGCUCUUUCAACACUCAAUCUACCCGUAUUGUCGUUGCCCUGCAUGGUGACCACGACAAGGUCUGGGAUAUCGCCGUCGAUGCUUUGAAGGGUCUCGUUGCUACCGGCGCGGUUCCUCAGGAUGUUUUCGACACUCAAACCAAGCCCAAGCUUGAUGCUUUCAAGGCUGCAUAUGGAACUAUCCUCUUUUACGAAGACCCUGCUCACGUCAAGCCAUUUGCGGAGAAGUUUCCUGCCUUUGGAGACAAGUUUGCUCCGUGGGCUGAGCAUUCCAACGCCAUGCACCAAUGGUUCCUCUGGGCUGGCCUGGAAACCCUAGGUUUUGGAGCCAACCUGCAGCAUUACAACCCCCUCAUCGACGCCGAGCUCUCCAAGACCUUCGCUGUUCCCAGCGAGUGGGAAUUGAAGGCCCAGCUUGUUUUUGGCUCCAUUGAAUCUCCUGCAGCUGAGAAGCAGUUCAAACCUGUUGACGAACGCGUCAAGAUUUUUGGCGCCAAGUAA